UACAUCUGGGAACAAGGAAAGGAUUCGAGGGAUGGACGAAUGUUUGGAAUUCCGUUUUCGUUAUAGUGAACAUUGAUUCGAACAGAACGUGAUUUGUCAAUUUAAUUCAGAGAUCUACUAAACGAGUAACUUUACUUUUUGAUUGUACUUUUGAGCUUUGGCUAAAUUUGAUCAUGGCUUCUUCGCCGUCCUCUCCCAAAUCGCCGACGACUCCGAAAUCUCCCUCUUCCAGAAAAAAAGAUGACUCGUUCCUGGGAAAACUUGGAGGAACUUUAGUAAGAAGAAAGAAAGAAAAAUAAGUUUCUGAGCUCCAGGAGGAAGGGAUGAACGCCAUCAACCUGCCCCUGAGCCCCAGUCAAUAUGAACUGGACCCAGAAGACACUGUGUUAGAGGAGAAUGAGGUCCGCACCAUGGUCGACCCCAACUCCAAGAACGACAGCAAACUACAGGAACUCCAGAAGGUGCUGAUCGACUGGAUCAAUGAUGUGUUGGUAGGAGAGAGGAUCAUCGUGAAGGACCUGGCUGAAGAUCUAUACGACGGGCAGGUUCUGCAGAAACUCUUUGAGAAGCUGGAGGGGGAGAAGCUGAACGUGGCUGAGGUGACCCAGUCAGAGAUCGCCCAGAAGAAGAAGCUACAGACGGUUCUGGAGAGGAUCAACGACUCCAUCAAGAUCUCCGCCAGGAGCAUCAAAUGGAACGUGGACUCUGUACAUGCUAAGAGUAUAGUGGCCAUUCUUCACCUGUUGGUGGCGCUGUCUCAACACUUCAGAGCACCAAUCAGACUUCCUGACCACGUGUCCAUCCAAGUAGUGGUGGUUCAGAAAAGGGUAGGAAUUCUUCAGUCCCGCCAGAUUCAGGAGGAGAUCACAGGCAAUACAGGGGCUUUUUCUGGGAGACAUGAGCGAGAUGCUUUCGACACCCUGUUUGACCAUGCUCCAGACAAGCUCAAUGUGGUGAAAAAGACUCUCAUCACCUUUGUGAACAAACACUUGAACAAGCUCAAUCUGGAGGUGGCUGAACUGGACACACAGUUUGCUGACGGUGUUUACCUGGUUCUGCUGUUGGGACUGCUGGAGGGCUACUUUGUUCCGCUCUAUAAUUUCUUCCUGACACCUGAGAACUUUGAGCAAAAGGUGUACAACGUGUCCUUCUCCUUUGAGCUGAUGCAAGAUGGAGGUCUGGAGAGACCCAGACCCAGGCCUGAAGGUAGGUGUUCUCUUUUAGGAUGCCAUUAUAUAGUUGCUAUGGACAAUUAUGUUUUUUUAAAUUAUUAUUUUUUUAUUCCGAUGCUGAACAUUUAGUGCAAAGCCAUAUGGAGCAAUACAUAUAACGCCUGAUAAUUCAAUGUGUCAGUGUUUUAAUUGUAUCUGUCUCUAAAUAAAUUAUUUGUUUAUGAGAAUUCUGUCAGGCGCUAAGCCCUGACAGCAGUAUUCUCACAUACAACCAAGUCUGGAAGAAGUUUGUCUUUUUGCUCUUUCACUAUACCAAUCCAUUCAGUUAAUCUCAAAUGCCACACUAUGUUGAAGUAGAAGCACCACACACCAAGCCCCUUUGUGAAUGGGUUUUCUUUUUGGGUUCUGUGUGUGUCAUUUAUGUGUUUUUUAAUUUGUCCUUAGAAUUAUGUAGUAGUGUGUCUAUGACUACAUGUUGAAACACACAUUCAUGUUCAGUGUACUCUUUCAUUGGCAGUACGAUUUGUCAUUUCUGAAUCAGAAUGCUUUUCUCAGGGUCAAAACACUUCCUUUAUGCCAUAUCCUCCUCGAUUUCUAUUCGAAAAUAUGUUUUUAGUGACUGCUGUCUGAAUGUGUUUAUUCAUAUGUUCUUAUUUCCCAGAUAUUGUGAACUGUGACCUCAAGUCCACGCUGAGGGUGCUGUGUAAUCUCUUCACCAGAUACAGAAAUGUGGACUGAAUAUGUGGUGUUGUGGGCACUCAUUUUACUGGUAAAUAUUCAAUCGCAAUUUUCACAAUUGCAUGCUUCAAGGGAAGCCUUUUAAUUUUGCCAAGAGCACUACGAACCAAUCCAAGACAUUAUGAAUUUAUAUUAUGAAACAACAAUUUGAUUGUACCAAAUACCAAAUAUUGAAAUGUGUACCAGAAUACCAGAUUGUACCAAAUAUUGUAUGUGCCAUAAUAAUAACUAUAAAUUGUAUGUGCCAUUCUUUUACUGCAACUACACUAAAUAUACAGUACCAGUCAAAAGUUAGGACACACCUACUCAUUUCAGGGUUUUUCUUUAUUUUUACUGUUUUCUACAUUGUAGAAUAAUAGUGAAGACAUCAAAACUAUGAAAUAACAUAUAUGGAAUCAUGCAGUAACCAAAAAAGUGUUAAACAAAUCAAAAUAUAUUUGAGAUUCUUCAAAGUAGCCACCCUUUGCCUUGAUGACAGCUUUGCGCGCUCUUAGCAUUCUCUCAACAAGCUUCAUGUGGUAGUCACCUGGAAUGCAUUUCAAUUAACAGGUGUGCCUUGUUAAAAGUUAAUUUGUGGAAUUUCUUUCCUUAAUGCAUUUGAGACAAUCAGUUGUGUUGUGACAAGGUAGGGGUGGUAUACAGAAGAUAGCCCUAUUUGGUAAAAGACCAAGUCCAUAUUAUGGCAAGAACAGCUCAAAUAAGCAAAGAGAAACGCCAGUCCAUCAUUACUAUAAGACCGGUCAGUCAAUCUGGAAAAUGUCAAGAACUUUUAAAGUUUCUUCAAGUGCAGUUGCAAAAACCAUAAAGCGCUAUGAUGAAACUGGCUCUCAGGAAAGGAAGACCCAGAAUUACUUCUGCUGCAGGGGAUAAGUUCAUUAGAGUUAACUGCACCUCAGAUUGCAGCCCAAAUAAAUGCUUCACAGAGUUCAAGUAACAGACACAUCUCAACAUCAGCUGUUCAGAGGAGACUGUGUGAAUCAGGCCUUCGUGGUCAAGUUGCUGCAAAGAAACCACUACUAAAGGACACCAAUAAUAAGAAGAGCCUUGCUUGGGCCAAGAAACAUGAGCAAUGGAUAUUAGACCGGUGGAAAUCUGUCCUUUGGUCUGAUGAGUCCAAAAUUUAGAUAUUUGGUUCCAGCUGCUGUGUCUUUGUGAGAUGCAGAGUAGGUGAACGGAUGAUCUCUACAUGUGUGGUUCUCACCGUGAAGCAUGGAGGAGGGGUGAUGGUGUGGGUGUGCUUUCCUGGUGACACUGUUGUGAUUUAUUUAGAAUUCAAGGCACACUUAACCAGCAUGGCUACCACAGCAUUCUGCAGCGAUACGCCAUCACAUCUGGUUUGUGCUUAGUGGGACUACCUCCAGGCUGUGUGAGGGAUAUUUGACCAAGAAGGGGAGUGAUGGAGUGCUGCAUCAGAUAACCAGGCAUCCACAAUCACCUGACCUCAACCCAAUUCAGAUGGUUUGGGAUGAGGAAGGACCACAGAGUCAAGGAAAAGCAGCCAACAAGUGCUCAGCAUAUGUGGGAACUCCUUCAAGAUUGUUGGAAAAACAUUCCAGGUGAAGCUGGUUGAGAGAAUGCUAAGAGUGUGCAAAGCUGUCAUCAAGGCAAAGGGUGGCUA